UGGCACUAGUAGUCUUGGGCGAUUAUGAAGUUACUGUCGAUUGGCUGGGAAUCCUACCAAGAGUUGGCCGCUAUCCGGUGCUUCAGUUGUGACAUGCUCGUAAGUCGUGUGGCAAUUGUAGUCUUGUUGGCUUUCAUCUACUUUGGCUUGCAAUCCUACUCAGGUAUAUCGCGAACCUGCGCUGGGUCUGCUGUUUGCACCAGGAGACCGGGUGGUAAAUCAUUUCCGGGCCAUCAUACUUGAGGCAGGGUGCGGCAGGACGUGUUGAAUAAUUGGCCUAUUUCCACUAGAAGUACUACAGUUACUGAGUUACUACUAUAUAUAUCGUCAUCCAAGGGGACAUUCAUAUCCCAUGGUCGUGCCCUAGGAGUACUAUGUGCAUCGUUUUUGAUUUACUGGAAUUCAUAAGAGCUAG